AUGCUUACUCGCAACUUCCUCCUCGCGGCUCUUUUCUCCGUCUCCGUCCUUGCUCAUCCGCAUGGACCUCUCAACCCCGGUGGACCCGUCGCUGCUCGGUACACCCUCACCACCAGAGAUGGCGAUGACACCGACACCGACGGUGAUGUCUCCACUGGCGUUGUCGGCACCGACACCGGGGACGACACCGACACUGACGAUAACAUCAGCGCCGGACAGCCCACUGUCGGAGUUCCUGCUGUGAUCGGCGAUGACACUGAUACUGACGACGAGGGCGACGAGACUGACAAUGACGGCCACGACACUGACACCGAUGACGACGAUGUCAGUGCUGCUACCACCACCGGCCCUGUCGCUGUUACUGCCGCCGGCCCUAUAGCUGCUACUACUGGCCCAGCUACCACUACCACCACUGAGGGCGAGGACACCGAUACUGACAACGACGGCAUCGACACUGAUGAUGAGAGCGAUGAUGAGGCUCCUACUGCUACUUCUUCCAUUCGCCCCACCUUCACGCCUGUGCUUGCCAACGCUGGUGCUAAGGAGAAUGGAUUUGGUGGUGUUGCGAUGGGUGUUGCUGGUGUUUUGGGGGUUAUUGCUGUCUUUUAA